AUGGACGCCACCCUGCAGCCUCUUCUGGAGGCCUUCACGCAGUCCCUGGCUCCCAACCCGGAGCUCAUCAAGCAAGCGGAAGCCUUCCUGAAGCAGGCCUCGCAGCAGCCGGGGUACAGCAUCAUGGUGCUCAAGCUCAUAACAUUGGACAUUGUGCCGAUGGAGGUGCGGCAGGCAGCUGCCGUGAACUUUAAGAACACGGUCAAGUACCACUGGGUGGCGCGCGAUGAGGGGCUGGGCACCGCGCCCUUUGUCAUCCCCGACCCCGAAAAGGAGCAGGUCAAGGCGCACAUCACCGACCUGAUGCUGAGUGCGCCGCCCCGCGUGCGCGCCCAGCUCAGCGAGGCGCUGUCCCUCAUCUCCGCCCACGACUUCCCCGCGCGCUGGCAGGGCCUGCUGCCCCACCUGGUGGCCAAGCUGGGCAGCCCCGACCCGCAGCUGGUGGACGGCGUGCUCACCACGGCAGACUCCAUCUACCAGCGAUACAGGGGCCAGUUCAUGACCGCCCAGCUGAGCGAGGAGCUGCAGUACUCGCAGGCGCUAGUGCAGCCGCUGCUGGCGUGCCUGCAGGCGCUGAGCAAGCAGGUGGCGGAGGCGGGGGCGGCGCCGGGCGGCGGCGACCCCGCCCGCCUCCGCCUGCUGCUGUCCAACGUGCGCCUGGUGGCAUCCAUCUUCUAUUCCCUCAACUCCCCUGGCCUCACAGACGCGUUUGAGGAGACGCUAGAUGCGUGGAUGGCGGAGUGGCACACCUACCUCACAUUCGACGCGCCUGCCUCCCUGGCCGAGGCAGACCCAGAGAAGGAGAGCGUGGUGGAUGGCGUCAAGGCGCAGGUGUGCGAGUGCCUGAUUCUGUUCAUGGAGCGCAACGAGGAGGAGUUUGCCAAGUUCCUGCAGACGUUCACCCAGGAUGUGUGGACGCUGCUGAUGAAGGUGUCGCAGGCGCCAGGCCAGGACAACCUGGCCCUCCACGCGAUCAACUUCCUCACCGCCGUCUCACGCUCCGUGCACCACCAGCUGUUUGAGGGGGCCGACACGCUGAGGCAGAUCUGCGAGUCGAUCGUCAUACCCAACCUGCGCAUGCGGGAGGACAUGGAGGAGAUGUUUGAGAUGAACUGGGUGGAGUAUGUGCGGCGCGACACAGAGGGGUCUGACUCCGACACGUGCCGCAGGGCCGCCUCGGAGCUGGUCAAGUCCCUGACAGACCGCUUCCCGCAGCAGGUCACCGAGCUGUUCAGCGGCUACGUCGGCGCCAUGCUGGCGGAGCACGCGCGCAGCCCCGCGGCGGCCUGGAAGGCCAAGGACUGUGCCCUGUACCUGGUGACCGCCCUGGCUGUGCGCGGCAAGACGGCGGCAGCGGGAGCCACCGCCACCAACGCGCUGGUCAACCUGCAGGACUUCUUCCUGCAGCAGGUGGCGCCCGAGCUGAGCGGCGGCGGCGGCGACGGCGGCGUGGACGCCCAGCCCAUCCUCAAGGCCGAUGCCCUCAAGUUUGUGACCACCUUCCGCUCCCAGCUGCCCAAGGAGGCGGAGCUGGGACUGUUCCCGGCUCUCAUCAACUACGUGUUCCAGAUCUUUGCCCAGCUCCUGGAGGUGCGCCCCCCGGGCGUGCCCGUCCCCGACGCCUACCACGCCAUCUUCCCCCCGCUCCUCACCCCCACCUUCUGGGAGCGCAGCGGCAACGUGCCCGCCCUCGUGCGCCUGCUGCAAGCCUACCUGGCACGCGCCGGCAGCGAUGUCGUGGCGCGAGGAUACCUGCAGGCGGUGCUGGGCGUGUUCCAGAAGCUGAUUGCCAGCCGGGCGCACGACCACGAGGGCUUCAACAUCCUGGGCACGCUGGUGGAGAGCCUGGACUACCAGGCAGUCAUGGCGCAGUACAUGCCCACCAUCUGGCAGCUGCUGUUCAGCCGCCUGCAGUCGUCCCGCACCGCCAAGUUCACCCGCUCCCUCCUCCUCUUCCUGGCGCUGUUUGUGGCCAAGCGGGGCGCCCAGCUGGUGGCCGACAGCAUCGACGGCGUGCAGCCGGGGCUGAUGCUCAUGAUCAUGCAGACGGUCUGGCUGCCCGCCAUGCCCUCCAUCACUGGAGCCAACGAGGACAAGCUGGUGGCUGUGGCCACCGCCCGCAUGCUCAGCGAGGCCAAGCAGCUGGCGGCCCCCGAUGCGGCGGAGCUGGAUGGGCGCCUGCUGGCGGCGCUGGUGGGCUGCCUGGAGGGCGGCGGCGCGCGCGGCGGCGAGGAGGCGGCGGAGGAGGGCGGCGGCGAGGAGGAGCAUGCGGCGGCGGGCUACUCGGCAGCCUAUGCGCGGCUGCACAACGCAUACAAACCUGAGAACGACCCCCUUCCUGAGGUCACCGACGCCAAGGCGGUUGUGGCGCAGGCGCUGGGCAAAAUGGCGGCGGGGCAGCCGGGGCGCGUGCCGCAGCUGGUGGCGGCGGCGCUGUCGCCGGAGCAGCAGCAGAAGCUGGCAGGCUAUUGCCAGGCGGCCGGCGUGGCCAUCUCUUGACACAUCUCCGUGCUCUGCUCGUCUGCUCCCGAUUCAGCCAUGCCGCACCCUUGAGAGGCGCCCUGCUUGCUUGCGCUGCCUGCUGCGUGCUUGCCCCUGCUUCUGCUGUAAUGACAUGGCACCUGC